AUGUCUAACUUCUCUUGGGACCCAGAAGCCUGGCAGACGGAGCUCGGUUUCGUGCUGUCAAGCGUCGAGACGUUUGAUGCUUGCCAACGAGCAAGAUUGCCCGGGUUGCCAGUGGACAAGGUCGACGCCAAGAUCGAGCGGCAGAUAAAGGAAGAUACUGCCAUGACCAGGCCUAUCCCUAUCCCAAUGAUCAAAUGGCGUCUGAGUCUUGUCAAGCCUGAUUUCAACUCUAAGAUCGACAACGUCCCUCUGGCCGGGGGUCUGCAGAGUCUCAACAUUCUCACAAACCCAAACUAUGACCACUGCUACCGACCCUGA